AUUGCUUGGCCUCGUACAAUGGAAGUAAAUGCGAAUCGUUCUGUUUAUCGAUGGGACUGCAUUUUGAUUAUUCAUUAAACUACUACUGCAUCUAAAUUAACAAGUGCAAUUGUAUCGAGGUUUUGACAGGUGCAAUUGUGUUGAAAUUUUGAAUUGGAAUAUAUCAGAUGGUUUUCGUGUCUGGGUGUUCUAUGCACUGUCUUGUGCAGUUAGAGACAUCACACACAAAUAAUCUUACUAUUGUUUUGUGCUGUCCUAUUGUAUUUGUGAGGAGAUAUACUAUUGUUUUGUCUUUUGCUUUAUGUCGCCUUUGAUCUUAUUCGAGUUAUCCUCUGAAUCUUUUAUUUGCUGUUGCCACUCAAUUCUUGUCUGUUUUUUUUGCAAAACCAUUCUGUAAACAGUGACUCAGCAAUGUAGAGUACCACAUUAUUUUGCAACGAGGUGGGUCUCACAUAGCCGUUACCAUAUAAAUUGUUAGCCCAAUAUUAUUCAUGCUCUUGGAUUCAGUCAUAUAUGUAUUUUCUUGGCCUUGAUGAUUCAAUAAUUUCUAUGAUGCUUUGCUUCAGGGCCGCCGCAAGUUUGCAUCGCUGAUUGCUAAGUUAGCUACACAUUAUAUGAACUCAAGUAUUUGUCUUAUGCCGCCUUAAAUUUUAUUUCACAUUGUUCUCUGAGUCAUUGCUUUGCACUUUUGGUAUUGCCACUGAAUCCUUCUCUAAUUUUCCGUCAAUCACCAUGUAUUCAUGUGAAGGGUGGAUCGGCUAUUAAUGCCAAUGCAGCUUCUCAGGUAUCUGUGAACUGCUGCUAAAUCUAAAUAAUACCCAUACCUUGGUUGCUCCCUCUCAGAAUUUUAAAGUGCCCAACUCUAUAUAUUGACUGUUUUGACGAUCCUGAACACCAUUAUUUGCAAGCUACUCGAUACAGGUUCGGCUCUUCAUGAGAUGGAACCUGAAACUCUUAUCUGUUGUAGUCUUGUAGAUAAGGUUGUCAGCAGCAAGACUUGUGUGAUUGAUGUGUGUGGUUAUGAUGUGAGAAGAGCUGGUUAGAACAUGAUGGGGCUUAUGCAGAAAACAUUUCAGAUGGGCCAGGCCUUGGUACCCUUUCUGUUCAGUUUAGCAAGCUUUUUAUCUUUACCAUUCUAUGAAAAAUGAGGGGAUUUGAAAUUUGUAUGUGCCACUAACGUUUCCAUCAACUGAAAGGAGUGAGGUCGCAUGCAUGUGGUUGAACUACCUCCCCUACGCCAAAUAAUUGUGCACAAGUAAGUUUUUCUAUAGUCAGUCUGUGAAUUUUGACCAAGUUUACGCAAAGAAAAUAGGAACAUUUACAAUACUGAAUAUAUGUCAUAUUGAUAAGAAAAUAUAUCAGAUGAUGAGUCUAAUUUUUUUUUGCGGUGGGAAUCUAAUAGUUUUGAUUUGGUAUUGUAAAUGUUGAAUAGUUUUUCUAUGAACUUAGUCAAAGUUUACAGAGGUUGACUUCAAAAAACUUAUAUACACUAUAAUUUAUCAAGGAAGGAAGUAAUUGAGUUUGCUUCAGCAUUUCAUCAGAGAUGCCCUUAAUGAAAUAUCGUUAGUGAGUACUCGGCGUUGAAACUUAGAUGUGAGUGUAGAGACGGCAUCCACCAGCCGGAAUAAUCUAAUAACGUCAUUUGUCUACUCACCUAUACAAGUACUCAAUCAUGCAAUGCAGGAGUAAUUUGAUUCGAGUACUGAUGUUUGUAGUAUGCCUAUAUGCACAUUCCCGUGUCAUUUGUUUUGUCAUACACUUUAGGGUAUGUGCACAAUCCCACUGAAAAGUUUAGAUCCCAUCUGGAUUCUUCAAUGAUGCAGCUUUGGUCUUCCAUUGGAACAUGAAUUAAAUGGUUUCGCCUGCAGUGUCAUUCUUCAGUGGUAAUUGAAGGGAUCUUGUUUUCCCUGGAAUGUCCAUGAAUACCACUGAAGAAAAGGAGAAGGAAACGACUUUACUCUGUAAUCUGAAGUCAGUUUUGUAUUGUCUGGUCCAUACAUUAUGUCAGUGAAUUGGUUAAUAAAUUAUGUUUAUCUAGCUUCUGGAUGAUUUAAGAGUGCACCAUUUCUUGCUGUUGCUUGGCCUCAUAUAAUGGAAAUAAAUACGGAUGGUUCUUUUUAUCGAUGGAACUACAUUUUGAUUAUUUAUUAAACUACUUGCAUCUAAAUUAACAAGUGCAAUUGUAUCGAAGUCCUAAAUUUGAGUGUCCGAGAUGCUCUUUGUACCUGAGUGUUCCAGGCACUAGCUUGUGCAGUUAGAGACAUCACACACAGCAAGCAGUCUUAGGUUGCUGUUUAUUUUACUUGUGAGGAGAAGGGCUAUUGUUUUAUUGUAUUGAAGUCCUAAAUAUGCUGCUAUUUGAAUCUUUCCUUUGCUGUUGCCACUGGACUCUUGUCUGCUACAUUCUGUGAGCAGUGACUCAGCACUGUACAGUACUACAUUGUUUUGCAACAAUGUGAGCAUCAUAGAGACGUUACUAUUCAUAUUUUUGGCCCUUAGUAUUAUUCAUGUUCUUGGCUUCAGUCUUUUGUAUUCUUGAUCGUGGCUUGAUGAUUCGUAUUUGUCAUUCCUAUUCAGCGCUUACUGGCUGUAAUAGUAUGAUGAUGGUUUGCAUCGCUGAUUGGUAAGCCAGCUAGCACGCAUUAUUGUUAAACUCGAUUAUUUCUCUUAUGCCGCCUCAAGUUUUCCACAUUGUUUUCUGAGUCAAUGUUUGCAGAUCACAACUCUAAAUGUUGUCAGUUUCGAAGAUUUUGAACACCAACAUUUGUAGAUCACCAGCUACUCGAUACAGAUAUGCACUAUAAUUUGGAGGGGGGUAAUUAUGUUUUAUUCAGCCGAUCUUUCAGCAGAGAUGCCGUUAAUUAAGUAUGGUUGGUUGGUGAGUGCUUGGCGUUGGAACUUAGCUGCGGGUGUAAAGCCGGCAUCUACCAGCCAGACUUAAAUAAUCACACAGCGUCACAUGUGCAGGCUACGCACCAGCCCGGCAUGCAAUGCGCGAGGUACUAGCAGAUCAAAUGUCGAUGGCAGUGGGAGAAGGUGUGGGUGAGUGGGCAUGGUGGCUGGCCCUCACCCUCGGCGCCGUCCCGCUGCUCUGCCUCGCCGUCUGGCACUCCGCCGACGCGUGGUACCGCGCCGCCUUCUUCCUCAGGCACGGCGGCCGGCGCCGCCUCCCGCCGGGCCACAUGGGCCUGCCCUUCCUCGGCGAGACGCUCUCCUUCGUCUGGCACUUCAAGCUCGCGCGCCGCCCGGACGACUUCAUCGCCGCCAAGAGGCACGCGCACGGCGCCGGGGCCGGCAUCUACCGGACGCACCUCUUCGGCUCCCCCGCCGUCAUUGCGUGCUCUCCGGUGGCCAACAAGUUCGUGUUCCAGUCCGCCGAUAACUUCGGCAUACGGUGGCCGGUGCCGGAGCUCAUCGGCCACAAGUCCAUGGUCAACGUCGAGGGCGCCAGCCAUGCCAGGCUUCGUGGGAUCAUCCUCACCGCCAUCAACCGCCCCAGCUCGCUCCGGACCAUCGCCGCCGUCGUGCAGCCGCGUGUUGUGGCGGCGCUGGCCGCGUGGGCAGACAUGGGGACGAUCGUUGCCUCCACCGAGAUCAAGAAAGUGACGUUCGCGAACAUAUUCAAAAUGUUCAUAAGCAUGGAGCCGUCGCCAUUGACGGAGCAGAUCGACCAGUGGUUCGGCAGCCUGAUGGCUGGCCUCAGGGCAUUCCCCUUGGAUCUUCCAGGGACAAAAUUUCACGGUGCUCGCAAGUGCCGUCGGAAGCUGAACGCAGUCUUCCGGCAUGAGCUGGAGGCAAGGAAGAAGGUGGACAAGAAGUGUGAUGAUCUCAUGAGCGGGCUGAUGUGCACCGAGGACGAGCAGGGGAAGAGGCUGAGCGAUGAGGAGGUAGUGGACAACAUGGUCAACCUCGUGGUCGCUGGCUAUGAAUCCACGGCCAGCGCCAUCAUGUGGGCUACCUACCACUUGGCCAAAUCCCCUGCCGCCCUCGCCAAGCUCCGGGAGGAGAACGUGGCACUGAGCGAAAGCAAAGGUGGUUCAUUGAUGAUCACCCAUGAUGACCUGCCGAGGAUGAAGUACACGGUGAAGGUGGUGGAGGAGACGAUCCGAAUGGCCAACGUCGCCCCCAUGGUGCACCGCGUGGCGAACCGGGACGUGGAGUAUGGCGGGUACACGAUCCCGGCGGGGUGGCCGGUGCUCGUGUGGGUGAGGUCGCUGCAUACCGACCCAGUCUACUACCAGGACCCCCUCACCUUCAACCCGGACAGAUGGGAUAAACCAAUGAAGCCAGGGACGUACCAGGCAUUCGGUGGUGGAUAUAGGAUUUGCGCCGGCAACAUGCUCGCGAAGUUGCAGAUCACCAUCAUGCUCCAUCACCUCUCCAUUGGUUAUGAAUGGGAGCUGUUGAAUCCUGAUGCCAAGGUCAAUUACCUUCCACACCCAAGGCCAUUGGACGGUGCAGCCAUGACCUUCCGUAAGCUUAGAGCUUGAUGGAGAUGCAUUCAAUGAUUUUUUUUUCUAGCUAUGCUAGUGCAUCAAUGUUAAUUCUAUUAGUAUUGUAUGAUCAUAUCAGAACUAUAGCUAGUCUAUCUUUUUCCGGAAAUGACAUUAUCUUUGCAAGCAAACAUGGGCUUUUAAAUUUGUACUGCAAGGGACAAGACCAUUAUUUGAAAAGCUACUAGUUUUUUUUGGGUGAUGAGAAGGCCAUUUAUGGAGCUCGGCUUGAGUACAUUUGGUUGAAUGGGUGCGCAAUAGAUGGGCCUGAGGAGCCAACGAGCCCGUGACUGUGGAGUCACCAUAUGUGGUCACAAGCCAAGGAUAGGCAAGCUCCUGUGUGAAGUGAAUGUAAAUGGGCCGGCUACAGAUGUGUCCCAUCAAUACAUUUGA